CACACCAUCCAAAAGCUAACGGCAAUCAAGAACGAACGUUACUGAGAUGGCGCCACGUAGGAGAAAACUUGGGCCCGGUCAGACAUUACCUAAGCUGGUUGGCAUUUAUUGGUUCAAACUUGAAAUUGAGUUAACCAUGGAGUGUAGUCAACACCUAACCCUAGUCAACAAAGCCUUUAGAUUCGUAAACCAUGGUUAAAAAAGUACACCCAACGGUGUACGGCUCGCAUCCCCUCUCGCUGUCGAGCCAGCGCUGUAAAAGCUUAGGCAAUUGCACGGCGUUAUAUUAUCAUUUCUAAAUCUGUUCUCUCUCUAAAUUUUCUCUUUCUCUCUCAUUCUCCUGAUUAGCUUAUAGUUGAAGGCAGGCACGGGUUUCAACGGCGACUCCACGACAAUUUGUCUCCGGGAAAGUGAUUAGAUCGCCGGGGAGGAGGAAGAGUUUUUUUUUUCUUUUUUUUUAAAAUUAGUUUUUAUUGGAUUGGAAUUGGUUAAGUUGUUAAGUUUCAUUUGGGAAGAAGAAGAAGAAAAAAUUGUAUUUUUUUAAUUAAUUUUGAGUUAUAUUUUGUUGUAUUUUUGGAAUUUGUCGGAUCUCGAAGAUUCUGUUAGGUUACUACAUUGGAUGCAAAUUUUCUGAAAAUCAACCUGCAUUGAUAGAAUUUGGAAGGAUCGAAGCGGUGUCGUAUUGAGGGGAUGAGGAGGAGAGUGGAGAUUGAGGUUGUUGCUGGAAAUGUGCAGUGUUGAAGGGAAAGGGAAAAAGGGAGGGACAAGAAUGGGGGUAAUGAAAGGAGGAGGAGGAGGAGGAGGAGGGGAGAGAGUGGAGAAGUUGAAGAACUCGAGAAUGAAGCUGUGGAUGAUACGCGCCACCACGUCGGUGUUGCUUUGGACAUGCAUCGUACAAUUAACGGCCUUGGGAGAAACCUGGGGACCACGCGUCCUUAAAGGUUGGCCUUCCUGUUUUUCUCACCAGGAUUCCUCCUUUUCCGUCAUCGAAGACAGAGUCCCCUCCGUUCCCGCCCGUGUGCUUCCUCCCAAAAGGGUAUAUAAGAACAAUGGUUAUUUGAUGGUUUCAUGCAAUGGAGGUCUCAAUCAAAUGCGAGCUGCAAUUUGUGACAUGGUUACCAUUGCAAGAUAUUUGAAUGUCACACUUAUAGUCCCCGAGCUGGAUAAAACGUCCUUCUGGGCUGACCCCAGUGAAUUUCAAGAUAUAUUUGAUGUGGAUCAUUUCAUUACAUCACUGAGAGAUGAGGUUCGUAUAUUGAAGGAGCUGCCUCCUAGGCUUAAGAGGAGAGUGGAAAUGGGGAAGGUGUAUUCCAUGCCACCAAUUAGCUGGUCUGAUAUAUCCUACUACUAUAAGCAGAUUCUUCCUCUGAUACAGAAGUAUAAAGUUGUACAUUUGAAUAGAACUGAUACUCGACUUGCCAACAAUGGGCAGCCUUUAGAUAUUCAGAAGCUGCGAUGUCGUGUAAAUUUUAGUGCUCUGAGAUUCACUUCUCAGAUAGAAGAGUUGGGUAAACGAGUUAUUAAACUUCUGAGGCAAAAUGGUCCUUUUAUAGUACUUCACCUUAGAUAUGAAAUGGACAUGUUGGCAUUUUCUGGCUGUACCCAAGGUUGCAACAAUGAGGAGGUGGAGGAGUUGACAAGAAUGAGAUAUGCUUAUCCCUGGUGGAAAGAAAAAAUAGUAAAUUCUGACUUGAAAAGGAAAGAUGGUUUGUGCCCUUUGACGCCUGAGGAAACUGCCCUUAUUUUGAAGGCGCUGGACAUUGAUAACAGUUACCAAAUCUAUAUUGCAGCUGGUGAAAUAUAUGGUGGAGGCAGGAGAAUGGCAAGUCUUGCUGCAGCUUAUCCAAAAUUGGUUAGAAAGGAGACUUUAUUGGAGCCAUCUGACCUUAGGUUUUUUCAAAAUCAUUCAUCCCAGAUGGCAGCAUUGGAUUAUCUUGUUUCAUUGGAGAGUGAUAUUUUUAUUCCUACGUAUGAUGGAAACAUGGCUAAAGUUGUUGAAGGCCACCGCAGAUAUCGAGGGUUCAAGCAGACAAUUUUAUUGGACAGAAGGCUUUUGGUUGAUCUGAUAGACCAGUACAAUAGUGGAUCUCUAAGUUGGAAUGAGUUCUCGGAUGCUGUGAAGGAAUCUCAUGAAAGCCGCAAGGGGCAACAGACUAAAAGGUCAGUGAUCCCUGACAGGCCUAAAGAAGAGGAUUACUUCUAUGCCAACCCAGAAGAAUGCUUGCAACCAUUAUAUGGUCAACUAAGUAGCUCGUGAUCCUUCUCUCCGGCGAUUGUGAUGUUUAUCAGUGUUCUUUUCUAGAGUGCUAGGCAUCAUACCUGAAACCAAAAGGUAGUUUCUUUACACAAGUAUGACGACAAUGAAGGUUUUCUUCCAAGGAGACAAUUGUGGAGAUGAUUGGGGACCGUAGCGCCCGAAGAAAAGCCUGAGGAUAUUGCAAAGCAGCUGGGGGACACAAAUUUUAAUAUAUGCAAAUAAUCAGACGCGCGUAUAGAAGAGCUGCCCUGCCACUAGAGGGUAACAUCAGAUCAACAUUUGUUGUACACAAGACGGAUGCAAGUAUAAAUCUGGAUUACCGAGACUGGAUUUAUGGAAAAGUUAAUCCCUCACCCUUCUUGCAUUUUUUUUUUUUUUUGUUUCUUUUAGAUCACUUUACAAUGUAGUUAGUUUCUAGCAUAUAUCACAUUCCAGAAUUUAUCUCGUCAUGCCUUACACGAACCAUUGUAUCUCUUUUUAGUACUAUGGCCCCAUCAAUGCGAGAGGAAUGGUUGAAAGCAUUGAAUAUCAACUUUACUACACUUAUCUUGUAAAUUAAAUGGCAGGUACUUGACAUUUUGGAUUGUGUGACUUGGUAUGUGGAUGGUAUGGUCGUAACUUAACAAUGAAGCAAUUUGUCAAUUUCGCUUGUUCCAUUACCAAGGUUGUUGAACUUAGUCUAUUCUUUAAGCGGGCAUUUUGUUUGUUUUUUUUUUUUUAAACGGUGAGAGCGUAGCAUGGAGAUAGAAAAUAAAUUGCAAGCAUUAAGUUUCGAAUUCAUGACAUCUUUUGAUUGAAUAUACCAAAUGGGUUAAACGUCUGGAUUUUAAGACAGCCUAACAAAUCAAGCAAGAAAAAUAUGCUUCUGGGAGUUUUGGUUCUUUCCAUUUGGAGUGAUCCAUUUUUGCUAUUUGUUUGAUGCUAUUUAGAAAUACGAGCGGUGGUCUAUUCGAUUCGAUGAUGGAAAAGAUUUACAUAAAAAUUUAUACGUGAAGUUUGUUA